AUCAAAAUCAAAGCCCCUCCCUCCUCCCAUCACUCAAACAGAGAGAACAGAACAUGGCAUCCAUUUCGGCGAUCUCCGAAGCUGAUCGACUGGCGCAGUUCAGGGCCUUCGACGCAACGAAAGCCGGCGUAAAAGGACUGGUGGAUGCUGGAGUGACCGAAAUCCCUCCCAUAUUCCACACGCCGCCUGAAAUCAUACUGGACAGCAAAUCAAGUAGUGACAAGAAGUUCACCUUCCCCGUCAUCGACCUACAAGGCGCGGCCACAGAUCCUGCGAAGCGGAAGGAGAUCGUCGAGAAAGUUCGAGAUGCUUCCGCCACCUGGGGGUUCUUCCAGGUCGUCAACCAUGGAGUUCCGCUCGACGUGCUGGACGAGAUGCAAUCCGGAGUGAAGAGGUUCCACGAGCAGGAUCUCGAGGAGAAGAUGAAGUUCUAUACACAUGACCUCACUAGAAAGAUUGCUUACAGCAGCAACUAUGACUUGUACACCCGGCAGUUCGCUAAUUGGAGAGACAGCGCCCUCUUCUACAUGGCUCCAGAUCCUCCCAGCCACGAAGAACUCCCUGCUGCUAUAAGGGAAAUCAUAGAAGUUUAUUCCAAGGAGAUGCUUAAGAUGGGAUACCUAUUGUUUGAGCUUCUCUCAGAGGCUCUAGGACUUGACCCGAACUGCCUGAGAAAUAAGGAUUGCUUGAUGGGACAUUACUUGGCGUGUCAUUAUUAUCCACGGUGUCCUCAGCCUGAUCGUACUUUGGGGAAUGGCAAGCACACAGACUCCGAUUUCAUGACCAUUCUCCUGCAAGACCAUGUCGGAGGCCUUCAGGUCCUCCAUCAGGAUCAGUGGGUUGACGUCACUCCUCUGCCGGGAUCCCUUGUAAUCAACAUCGGAGAUUUGCUUCAGCUCAUGUCGAAUGAUAAGUUCAAGAGCGUGAAGCAUAGGGUGCUGGCGAAUCAUAGCGAUGGACCAAGGAUAUCGACGGCGUGCUUUUUUAGCACCGGUCUUUUGCCAAACUCAACAAAAUAUGAACCCAUUGAGGAGCUGUUGUCUGAAGAGAAUCCUCCCAAAUACAGAGGGACCACAAUCUCGGAGUACUUGAUGGCUGUGGCUACCAGCAAUGAAAUCGAUGGGGAGUCUCUUCUUCAGCAGUUCAAGCUCUAAGUUUGGAGACAAUUUGGCUGGAGAUUGAUUGUGAGAAAAAGUUCAGUAUGUACAACUUGAAAUUAUAAGAAAAUAAUAUGGGGGAUCAUCGAAUGAUGACAAUGUGACCGAGCUGCAGCUGAAACUUGUACCUCGUCUGUUACAGAAUGAAGUUUCAUAUAUAAAUAAUUUGAGUUGAAUAAAUGAAUAACUUUGCAUCCAAUGGAUCGGAUUAUAUACUAAUUAAUUAAUCUUGAU